AUGAAACAGCCUCACGAGAGGGAUUCGCCCGCCGCCGCGCCGAAAACGUGUCCCGGUCGAAGACGCUGCCCGACCCCUCACCGCACCCACGCGCGCCUCGCGCUCACCCAGGCCGCGUCUCUGAGCGCCCCGCCCCCGGCGCCCUGGCCCCACACCUCGCCCCGGCCCCUGCUCCAGCCCAGCCAGGGCUCCCGCGCCGCGCGGGGACCACCCCCUCCCAACAGAGCCAAUCAGCAGAGCCUCAGGGGGCGGAGCCGCAAGCACCAGCCCGCCUGUCUUGGCGUCAGUUGGCCCACCCAGCCGUCGUUCAGAAGGUCGCGCCCCACUCCCGCCUUCCUCUCUUCCCUCCACCCUCCCCUUCAAGAACAAAACAAAACAAAACGGCGGUUGGGCCGCUGCGGCUGCCAACGACGGGCGGGAAGCGGAGGGGAGAGGAGCCGGGGAGCGAGGGAAGGAGGGACUGCAGGGAGGAGGAGGAUGCGAAGGAGGAGGAGGGGAGCGGCCCAGCCGGAGCCAUCUCCGCCAAGAACAAAAUGGCGGCGCUGGCGGAGGGCCAACUGUGAGGCGGGGCCGCGGCCGGCCCCCUCCGCCCCCACCCUCGCGCCGGCCCGACCGGUCAGGGGGAGCCCGCUCGCUUCGCCCGGCCGCGGGCGGGGAGGGGAGGGGAGCGGCCCGGCCCACUAUGCAAAGCGGCCGGCGCCACCGCCCCGUGGCAAAGUUUCCUCAUCUGCAAAAUGUGGAAGAAGAAAAAAGAAAGAAGGAAGAAGGAAGAAGGAAGAAGAGGAAGAGGAAGAGGAAGAAGAAGAAGAACUUACCUCAACAGGUCCUUGGGAGAAUUAAACCAAGGAUCCAGGUUAAGGUGCUUAGAGCCCUUAGUGCCGAGAUGCUUGCUAUUGUUUGCUGCUAACACAAAGGUCUUCUAGGAGCCCGUGAGAGCAUGUGUAAAUUCCUGGGCCAGGGAUUGAACCUGUGCAACAGCAGCAAUCCAAGCUGCUGCGCUGACAAUGCCAUAUCCUUAACCUGCUGCGCCACAAGGAAACUCCAGCAAAUGCCUUUUUUAGGGAAGAGGGCAGCAGAAAGAUGGGGACAGGACAUCAGAAAAUGCUAUGAUUGUUUUUUAUUUUGACAAGAGUAACAAGGAAUCCCCCUACCACUCCGCUUCAUGUAAAAACACGUCUGGCAUCGUGAGCAGCAGUCCUCAGCGGAAGGUGACUGAGCCCCAGGAGCCCAGAAAGAAUCUUCAGCCACUGCUUCUGUGCUCCCUUCCUGUGUUCAGAGCCACUGGCCAUGACCACAGAUUCACCUUCUGAUUCUGUCUUGUUCUCUCUCUUUUUAUCUCUUUCAAGGCUUCAGUAAUACAGCAGAAGGAUCACUGUGUUGAAAGCAAGGACAAUCCUCAUAAGCAUAACCUUGGGGUGAACUCAGGAAGGCACACAAUAAAUUAAAGCAGACCCUGUCUCUUCGGAGGGUGUGCAGUGACCUCCAGGGUGGAGGCCAGAUCUGUCAGCACAGGUGUGGUGCUGGGGCCGCUGUGGGGAGGGGGAGCCCCUCCUUUAGGCAGUCGUGUGGCCCACAGGCCGAGCCAUCGGUAGGACCGAGUCCUCCCUUCUGCUCCUGCGCAGCCAGAAGGAGGAUGGUCCCCAUGGUGCUUGCUGGAGCCACAGCAGGGUUUGCACAAACCAUCUGGAUGGACGCCCCUCUUGAGCACUGGUGGCAAUUAGUCCACAGGACGCCCUCUACUGUUGACCUCAGUAAAUCACUUGGCAAACAUAAAACUGGAGGUUCUUGCUCAGUAAAACAAUAAAGUGCUUUUGAUGAGA